AUGCCGUUUGGUUUGAUGAAUGCACCUACAGCAUUUGGGGACUUGAUGAACAAGGUGUUCCACAAGUACUUGGAUAAAUUCGUGGUGGUGUUCAUCGAUGACGUCUUGGUGUAUUCAAGAGUCCUGAAGGGUAGCAGGUUUUCGUGGACUGGAGACUGCGAGCAGAGUUUCCAAGAGUUGAAGCAAUGCUUGGUCACGACUCUAGUGUUGACCAUUUCAUCAGGGGAUGGUGGCUUCGUGAUCUACAAUGAUGCAUCCUUGAAGGGAAUAGGUUGUUACAAGGAUCUCCAGGCCUUCAUUGCUGGGUUGGUGGUUUAG